AUGGCGGAAUCCUCCUCCGCGGUCCUCGUCGUCCUUCUCUACCUGGUGCACUCAUUCUCCUCCGCCGCCAGCCCAAGCCCAAUCAAGACAGUGGUGGUGCUGGUGAUGGAGAACCGGUCGUUCGACCACAUGCUGGGAUGGAUGAAAAAGCUGAACCCGGAAAUCAAUGGCGUGGACGGCACUGAGUCGAACCUGGUGAACUCGUCCGAUCCGCACUCGACUAGGAUCACCUUCGGCGACCAGUCGCACUUCGUUGAUCCGGACCCGGGCCACUCCUUCCAGGCGAUCCGGGAGCAGAUAUUCGGGUCCAACAUCACCACCACGGCACCGCCGCCGAUGAACGGCUUCGCUCAACAGGCUUUCUCCAUAAACCCUAAUAUGACUCAGGCCGUCAUGAACGGAUUCCAACCCGAUAAGGUCCCAGUCUACAAAUCCCUAGUAUCAGAAUUCGCGGUGUUCGACCGGUGGUUCGCCGCCGUGCCGGCGUCGACGCAGCCGAACCGCCUGUACGUGCACUCAGGGACGUCGUACGGCGCCACCUCGAACAAGCCGGAGCUGCUGCUCAAAGGCUACCCGCAGCGCACAAUUUUCGAGGACCUCGACGACGCCGGAAUAUCCUUCGGAAUAUACUCCCAGAGCAUUCCGGCGACGCUGUUCUACAAGAAUCUCCGGAAGGUAAAAUACCUCUUGAAAUUCCGGUCGUACGGACUGACGUUCAAGAGCGACGCGAAGAAGGGUAAGCUCCCGGGGUACGUGGUGGUGGAGCAGCGGUGGAUGGACAGCCUGACGGCGCCGGCGAACGACGACCACCCGUCGCACGACGUGUACGAGGGGCAGAUGCUGGUCAAGGAAGUGUACGAGACGCUGAGAGCCAGCCCGCAGUGGAACCAGACGGCGCUGGUCAUCACCUACGACGAGCACGGCGGCUUCUACGACCACGUGCCCACGCCCAACCAGGGCGUGCCCAGCCCGGAUGAUGUCGUCGGCCAGGAACCCUUUUAUUUCCGGUUCGACCGCCUGGGAGUUAGGGUUCCCACCAUUGUCGUCUCACCAUGGAUCAAGAAGGGCAUCGUUGUACACGGCCCGAACGGUGUGCCGACGGUGACAUCGGAAUACGAGCAUUCGUCGAUUCCGGCAACGGUGAGGAAGAUAUUCAAUCUGACAUCUUCGCCUCUGACAAAGCGGGAGGCCUGGGCAGGCACCUUCGACACCAUCUUCACUACGCUCGCCCAGCCCAGAACUGAUUGUCCCGAGCAGCUCCCGACACCGGUCAAAAUCCGGGCGGGAGGGCCCAAGGAAGAUGCCAAAUUAAGCGAAUGGCAGCAAGAAAUCCUGCAGCUGGCCGCAGCGAUCAAAGGGGACGCCGAGCUGACAAGCUAUCCUCAUAAGAUUGGUAAGAACAUGACAGUAAAAGAGGCCAAACUGUAUGUAGAAAAUGCAAUGAAGAGCUUCGUCGAAGCUGGCAAAGCUGCCAAGAAAAUGGGCGUCGACGAAGAACAGAUUGUAAAAAUGAGGCCCUCUUUGAAUUCUCAGACAACACAUCCCUGA